AUGGGACAUGUGGACUUUUCACUAGUAGAAAUUAAUAUGAUGGUUUUUCGACAAUUUGUUCCAAACGCCAACAUCGUAACCUCGGGCAAUCCACAACAACCCCCGGUUAUGCCCAACAACCCCCGGCUGUGCCCGACAACCCUCGGCUAUGCCCGACAACCCCCGGCUAUGCACACCAACCCCCGGCUAUUCCCGGCUAUCCACGGCAACCUCCGGCUAUUCCCGGCAACCUCCGGCUAUCCCAGACAACCCCCGGCUAUUCCCGGCAACCCCCAGCUAUCCCAGACAACCUCCGGCUAUCGCAGACAACCCCUGGCUAUUCCCGGCAACCUCCAGUUAUCCAAGACAACCCCCGGCUAUUACCGACAACCCCCAGCUAUCCACAACAACCUCAGGCUAUCCCAGACAACCCCCGGCUAUUACCGACGACCCCGGCUAUCCACGACAACCCCCGGCUAUCCCAGACAACCUCCGGCUAUCCCAGACAACCCCCGGCUAUUACCGACGACCCCCAGCUAUCCACGACAACCUCCGGCUAUCCCAGACAACCCCUGGCUAUUCCCGGCAACCUCCAGCUAUCCCAGACAACCCCCGGCUAUCCCAGACAACUCCGGGCUAUUACCGAUGACCCCCAGCUAUCCACGACAACCCCCGGCUAUUACCGACAACCCCCAUCUAUCUCAGACAACCUCCGGCUAUCCCAGACAACCGCCGGCUAUUACCGACAACCCCCAGCUAUCCCAGACAACCCCCGGUUAUUCCCGCAACCUCCAGCUAUCCCAGACAACCCCCGGCCAUUACCGACAACCUCCAGCUAUCCCGACAACCCCCGGCCAUUACCGACAACCUCCAGCUAUCCCCGACAACCCCCGGCUAUUACCGACGACCCCCAGCUAUCCACGACAACCUCCGGCUAUCCCAGACAACCUCCGGUUAUUACCGACAACCCCCAGCUAUCCACGACAACCACCGGCUAUUACCGACAACCUCCGGCUAUCCCAGACAACCCCCAGCUAUCCACGACAACUUCCGGCUAUCCCAGACAACCCCCGGCUAUUACCGACAACCCCCAGCUAUCCCAGACAACCACCGGCUAUUACCGACACCCUCCGGCUAUCCCAGACAACCCCCAGCUAUCCACGACAACCUCCGGCUAUCCCAGACAACCCCCAGCUAUUACCGACAACCCCCAGCUAUCCCAGACAACCACCGGCUAUUACCGACAACCUCCGGCUAUCCCAGACAACCACCCAGCUAUUCCAGACAACCCCCGGCUAUGCCCUACAACCCCCGGCUAUCUCAGACAACUACCGGCUAUGCCCUACAACCCCGGCUAUCUCAGACAACACCCGGCUAUGCCCUACAACCCCGGCUAUCUCAGACAACUACCGGCUAUGCCCUACAACCCCGGCUAUCUCAGACAACUACCGGCUAUGCCCUACAACCCCGGCUAUCUCAGACAACACCCGGCAAUGA